ACCUCAGUAGCUAUUUCCCAGAUCCGUUUUGUAAGCCCCUCUGUCCUCACUCCAUUUCUGGUGGAAUGAGAAAAGAUGUUCCAUUUCUCAAUACCUUCAAACAUUUUACUCUCAAAUCAACUAAAAUCUCGUUGAGCAAGAUCAGGGCUUCUGCAAUGGCGCUGAUUCUCAGAAGAAUCGCUGGUGAAUUGGGUACUUUUACUCACUCCCUCUCUCUCUGCUGUUCAAAUUUCCGCUACGAAAGUAAGAGGCAUUUUUCAUCUAUGCUCAGAAUCGAUUUCAGUUCCAUAAACGACAUACAAUUCGCUAAUUUCUUGUUUCGCGAAAUGCUACGGGUUAGGCCACAGCCUUCUUCUGCUGUAUUCAACAAAUUGUUGACCACUGUUGUUAAUAUGGAGCACCACUCUGCUGCACUCUCAAUGUUCGACGAAAUGCGUCAAUCAGGUUUCCCUGUAAACGAGUACACUUUCGGCAUCAUUAUGCAUUGCUAUUGCCUUCUUAAUCGGGUAGACUUAGGGUUUGCUAUAUUGGGCAGCUUCUUCAAGCUCGGAUACGACCCCGAUGUUGUGAUUUACACUACUCUUGUGAAAGGGCUUUUUUUAGAUGAUAGGGCUAUUGAGGCAGAAAAGCUGUUUAACAAGCUGUUAGAAGAUAAUCUUUGUGAGCCUGGUGAAUUCAUGAUUACUUGUCUAAUUAAUGGGCUCUGCAAAGCAGGGUACACUUUGACAGCAUGUGAUUAUAUUGAGCUUUUGGCUAAAAGGGGCUGUGCUGCUAACGCUUAUGCUUAUAGCGCGGUUAUUAAAAGUUUCUGCAAGGGCGGGAUGAUUGGAGAUGCGCUGCAUCUGUUGCACAAGAUGACCGAGAGGGGCAUCUCGCCGGAUACUGUCACUUACACCUUGAUCAUACAUGGGUUGUGCCAUGCGGGCAGAUGGGAAGAUAUGCGAGAACUGCUACGCGAAAUGAUUGAUAGGAAGAUGAUGUCUUUAAACGUGAUCACUUUUAAUGUAUUGGUGAAUAUGCUUUGCAAGAUAGGGAAGGUGAAAGAGGCGGAGGAUCUCGUGGAAAUUAUGAUUCAACAAAAUGUGAGUCCCGAUAUUUAUACUUACACUGCAUUGAUUGGUGGAUACUGCUCUCAAGGGAAAAUGGAUGUGGCGAAGGAGUUGUUUGAUUCCCUCCCGGGCAAGGGCCUCAGUGCCGGUGAUAUUGAUAUGUAUAGCUACGGUGCUUUGAUCAAUGGGUAUUGCAAGAAUGGGGACGUGGAUGAAGCUUGGCGCAUCUUUAAAGAAGCUCCUGGUAAAGGUCUGCAGCACACGACGCGUAGCUAUAACACCAUGAUAAAGGGGUUGUUGCGUGUGGGCAGAUUUGCAGACGGCUGGAAGCUUUUUGGUGAUAUGGAGUCUCAGGGAGUUCGUCCUGAUUUGAUCACGUAUAGUAUCUUAUUGGAUGGGAUGUGUAAGGCUCGUCAAAUUGAUGAUGCAGUUUCAUUAGUGCACACAAUGGAAGAGCGGGGAGUUAAGCCUAAUAUGAUCACAUACGAUAUCCUCAUCCGUGGCUUGUGUAAAGAAGGAAGAUCCGACCUUGCAAGAGAUAUUUUUAGUCAACUUCCUUCCAAAGGUUUGCAACCUAGUGCUGGACUGUAUAAGAUUAUUGUUGGCUCGCUUUGUGAAAAAGGAUUGACAGAGGAGGAAGCGAUAGUCUAGCUCCAAGAAAUGGAGAAAAAAUGGGUGUGGAGUUUUGCUGAGAGAAAAUGAGCCGAGGGGGUUUGUCAGCAAAUUCAUCUAACGGAUUCAACGCUGCGCUGCUUGAUCAAGCGUGAGAACAUGAGAAAGAUGAUGUUUGUAAGGAGAUUGUUAAGAAAGUUCUUCACUACUCUGUUUGAAAGGAUGGCAUUGGCAAUGAAGCAGUGUUGGGGAUUCUAAUGUGCAAGAAAAAUGACCUCCGUCUGUGGGCUAAGAAGCAUGUCUGAUUCUCAAGUAAGCGUGAUCUUUUGUUUCGGGAUUGUGUCCUAUUUCAACUGUGGAAUUGUUGUCACGUGUAAUUUAAGAACUCUUCAUUUUCGUGCCCGUUAUCUCUAGUGGGCAGCAGUUGUGGAAUUUCUUAAAUACACGUGGUGACAAUCCUACCCUUGAACUGGAAUAUGUAUCCGGGUAAGCGAUGUACAUAUAUAGAAUGAGUUAAAUAGAGAAGCUACAUUUAUGGAUUGGGUUCAAAUAAAAACUUCUUGUCGUAAGAACUGUGAGAAAAUUGCACUGAACGUAUAAAGUAAUUGCACCGCUAAUAUAAUGCACCGGCGUAUAAUGUUAUUGUAUUGCAA